GGAUUCCGCUGUCAGGUUGCCUAGAAACAGCAUAACUCAACUGGAGCCUCCCUGCUCCCCACUCUGUGCAGGCGUGUCCACAGACUAGAUCUCUAGCAGCCCCUGCGCGUACUUACCCCGGCAUCCGUUGAUCUGUGCGCCCAUGGAAGAAGGGGAGGAAGACUGGGAGGCGGCGGCGGCGGGAGCGGGAGACUGCAGAGGUAGCUCUGGGGAACUCUGCCUCAUGGACAAGGCCAUCGGCAGCUUGCUGGAAGUAUCUUUAAGUUCAAAACUUCAUACACUCAACCUUCACUGCAAUAAUAUCUCCAAGAUUGAAGGCCUUUGUCAUAUUUUGAAUUUACGGCAUUUAGAUCUUUCAUCUAAUCAAAUAAGUCAGAUUGAAGGGCUCAACUCACUGACAAAUUUAUGUACUUUAAACUUGGCUUGCAAUUUAAUCACAAAAGUGGAAGGGCUUGAAAAAUUAUGGAAUCUAACUAAGCUGAAUUUGUCAUACAAUCAUAUACAUGAUCUUCAGGGGUUUUUAUACCUUCGUGGAACCAGGCAUAAAAUUAGUCACAUUGACCUACAUAGCAAUUAUAUAUGUAGCAUUCAUCACUUACUCCAGUGUAUGGUAGGAUUACAUUUCUUAACCAAUCUUACUUUGGAGAAAAAUGGAAAAAAUAAUCCAAUCUGUGAUCAACCAGGUUACAGAGGGAUCAUUCUUCAAACCUUGCCCCAACUAACAGUCCUAGAUGGAAUGAAUAUAUUUGGUGAACCAGUAAAUAUGAAAGAAGGAAAUCCAUCAGAUCUACAAUGUUUAGAAGAUCUUUUGGAUAAUUUAGUUUAUACUGAUUCUCAGUUAAAUUCAAAAGAGACCUCUGAUAACUUACCUGGAAUUCUACUUGGAAUUAAUCAGGAAAUGUCCAAGGAUCAACAGCCUACAAGUACAUCAACAAAUAAUACAUUCCAUCCCCCUGUAGAAGUUGCUUCAUCUUCUGAGCCAGAAAGAUAUAAACUUGAUGAAAGUAAUCUGAAUAGUGAGAUGAGAAUAAAAAAAUUAGAAGAUCAGAUUUCACAGCUCCUCAAUAAUGCCACUAGUUUUCCCAAAAGUAAUACUUCUUUGAAAGCUGUCAAACCAAAAAGAGAAACAAUUGUGACUUCUGAAAGUGAUUAUGAAAGUGGAAAAGAAAACCAUAGGAAAAUGCCUAGAAGAACAAGAAUUCCUCUUUAUAACAAAGCUUUACAGACUUCCAAGCACCAUAAUAAAAGCAAACUUUCUGACAGUAGUACAGAGCAUAGUUGUACCAAGAAAUCAAAAGAUCAUUCCACAAAGGAUUUAUCAAGAUCAUUUUCGAGAAACUCAAAUUUAAAGAUGGAAAAAUCAACUGGAAAUCUAGGAUCACAAAAUAUUGAGACAAAUAAAACAGAAGACAAAAGUUUAAGGCCCACAGAAGAAUCUACAUACCAGACACUUGUUCAGAAAUUGGAUGAAGAGAGGGAAAAAAGAUGGAAAGCUGAACAAGCUGAGAAGAAACUUGCAGACUGUAUCAAAGAAUUAGAGAAACAAGCACAAGAAGAAAAGGAUAUUCAUAGUGUGGCACUCUUUACCACAGAGAGGCUAAAGGAAUUGAUUUUGAAAGAGAGAAAUACAAAAUCAAAGCUCCAAACCAUUGUCCAGAAAUUUAGAAAUGAAAUUGAGAGACUUAAUAAUGAACUAAGUCAAUCAAGAAGUAAAGAAGAGGAGCAAAAUGGAAUGCUAAGAACUUUAGAACAAACAUUGUCAAAAAUGGAGAACCAAAAAGCUCAGCAACAGGUUGAAGAGGUGAAACGAGUUCAAGAGGUAGAACUCAAAGCUUCAGCUGCUGAGAGAGAAAUACAGCUACUUAGAGUAUCCCUUCGGCAACAAAAAGAAAAGGUACAACAACUUCAUGAACUUCUUGCCAUGAAAGAACAGGAACAUAGAAAGGAGCUUGAAACAAGAGUGACUUUGAAUGGCCCUGAUUUCCAGAAUGCUUUGGCAAAAGAAAUAGCUAAAGAAGAGAAGAGGCAUGAAGAACGAGUGAAAGAAUUUCAGGAAAAAAUUAAUAUAUUAAAUCAACAGUAUUUAGAACUUGAGGAUGAAUUUCGUAUGGCGUUAACUGUAGAAGCCAAAAGAUUUAAAGAAGACAACUACUUUGUCUUCUUGUACAGCUCUGUCCUUAUCACUUCAGCCAUCCUGGUUAAAGAUGGCUUUGAAAAUAUUGCAGCUGAAUUAGCAAAGAAAAAACAUGCUCUGGCUCGGGCUCUACAAAAAGAAAGCGAAUCAUCUACUUUAAUUCAAGAUCUGACCUUGAUGGUAAAAGAACAGAAAGCAAAAAUUGCAGAAGUUUCCAAAUCAAAAUUGGAAACAACAUCAAAUUUAAAGAAUCGAAUCUGUACCCUUGAAACCAUGAUUGAGGAGGACAAGCAAAAGAGUGUUCAAAUAGAACUUCUUAAGCAGGAAAAAUCACAGCUUACUUCUCAACUAACAGCCCAGGAAUCAAUAAUUGAUGGUUUAAGAGCAGAAAGAAAAAUAUGGGGACAGGAGCUGGCACAACAGGGAGUGUCUCUAGCGCAAGAUCGUGGAAAAUUGGAGGCAAAAAUUGAAGUUUUAACUACAGAGAAUGAAUCUCUACGGAAGUUAAAUGAACGUGGUAGUGAUUCAUUAAAAAUUAAAGUCAAAAUUAUAGAAGACCAAACGGAAACUAUUAGAAAAUUGAAAGAAAGCUUACAGGAAAGAGACGAACAUAUUAGAAAGUUACGAGAAGAAAUCACUGAAAUGCAAAAAAAUACUCAAGAACAACUUGAUGAAAAAGCUGUACAGCUAGAAGAACUGAUGGAGAAAUUGGAGCAAUACAGUGAGAGAAAAGAGGACCUAAAACAGCAAUUGAAGGAAAAGGAAGCAGAACUUGAGGAAAUUGGAAAAGCGUACAGUGCAAUUAAUAAAAAGUGGCAAGAUAAAGGAGAACUACUAAGUGGUCUUGAGAUACAAGUUAAACAAAUGAAAGAAAAAUUUGAAACCAAGGAAAAGAAACUCAUCGAAGAAAGAGACAAAAGUCUUCAAAAUCAAAAGGCUACAAUGGAAAGACUUCGUUCUAUGGAUGAUAGUUUUAGAAAACAACUUGAAUCAGUGGUUGCAGCCCAUCAGGCAGAACUCCUACAGCUGGCAAAUGAAAAACAAAAGCAAAUUGAUGCUGCUGAUGAAAAGGUUUCCCAGGUUGAAGACGAGAUGCGUCAACUUCUCCAAGAAACAGAACAAAACAAAAAAUCCAUGGAGUUAAAGAUAAAGCGACUUACUUAUGCUUUAAGAGAUAUUCAGCAAGAAUUUUGAUGGUCUGAGACUUUAUCAAGUUGAAAUGGUCUUGCAAAUUUAAUAUAAAUCAUAUCAUCAGCAACCAAUUAUUGUAAUUGCUGUGCCUUUAAAUUUUCUUUCUACACAUUCCAAUAUGAAUAUAUUUUAAAGCCCUUUUUUGAUCAAGUAUUUACUAAAUAUAUGUAUAAUUUUUCUUAAAUUAUUUAUACUUCUGUGUCUGGGAAUGUAUUGUCAAAAUAAACUAAAGGCACUUUUGUCUUAUGUCUAUAAUAAAAGUUGUUUCCAAAUAAACAUAUUAUUUUUAAAA